UUCCAGGCUUUUUCAGCUCUACUCCCCUCCACCCAGGCGCAAAUCAUCCGCCAUGGCUCCCGCCUGGGUCUUGCUCGAUCGCGUCGUCAAGCCCGCCGUCUUCGACGAAGAAGAGAGCAAAGGUAAGGGAGAAUCGACCGGCGCCCCAGUGAAGUACCUGCCAGCCAGAUUAAGGCAGGAAGUCCCCGCCGGCAUGCGGGACGUGAAGCCCUACCCAGAGGUUGCGGAUCCUCCCAUUAUAUCUCGCUUCUCCAUGCUGAUUUCGCGGAAGGCGAUCAGGGUAGUGAAAUCCGUCCGUGUCCGGUGCGCCGACAAGAGCCUUGUCUUGUUCUACGCCGGCACCGGCUUCCCCGGCUUCUCGUCCCACGGCUGCCACCUGAUCUACGACGCCAUCGACGGCUCUCUCACUGCGGUGCACACAUUCCCCUUUCCUGUGUCCGGAGUCGUCUGGGUCGGCAGAGCCGCUGUCCUGCGCCAUGCCGGCGGCGGAGGAGGAGGAGGAGACGGUACUACCGCCUCCUAUGUCAUCGCCGAGCUGCUCAGGCCGUUUCAUGGCUCCCUUCCCGAUGCCACGCUCGUGAUGUGGUUGUCGAAUUCCCCCGCGUCGACCUCCGGCAGCAACGGCCAAUGGGUGAAGGAGGACGUUCGCCUUCCCGGCGAGGUGUGCACGGGCACCGACCCCUUCACCACCGACUUGGUGUUCUCGUUCGGUGAAUCGUGCCUGUGCUGGGCCGAUCUGUUCAUGGGCAUCCUGUUCUGCGACCUUGCGACGCUGCGUGCACCUCGGUUCCGUUUCAUCCCAUUGCCCAAGGCUUGCUCCUUCGACCCCGUCGGCAAGUAUGGCCGGCCUCACAUGCCCGAGUUCCGUUCCAUGGGCCGCGUCAACGGUGUCAUCAGGUUGAUCGACAUGGAGGGUUUUACCAACGAGUACCUGGCCGUGGAUGAGGUGAAGCUGACCAUCUGGACCCUGUCAGCCGACCUCAGCGAGUGGGAGAAAGGCCCGGUGUGUACUGUAGGAGACAUUUGGGCCAGUGAGGAAUUCGUCGCCAUGGGGUUGCCGCAGCUUAGACCGAUGUGCCCUGUCCUGAGCAUGGUUGACGAAGAUGUCGUCUGUGUAGUCAUGACUGAAGUCGAGAUUGAGGAGAGCGAUGUCACAGAUUUCGACGAUGAGGGCAACAAGCUCAAGUUCAAGGCCCAGUACGUUCUUGACAUCGACGUGCGGCGUAAGCGGGUGUUAUCCAUCACCCAGCACCACAUUGAAAGUAUGGGUGAUCUUAUACCAGAUCUCAUCGCCUGUGAGUUCACUGCAUACUCGGAGCUCUCAAAAGGCAUGCAGGCAAUGGUGGAAGGAAAUGAGGGUGAGGAAAGCACAAAGCGGAUGAAGGUUAAAUGAUCUCUGCAUCAUGUGGAACUUCGAUGGUUUUUGCAACAUAUCAAGUAGGAUUAACAUUGAAGAUUGGUGUUUGAUUAGCACCCAUCUAUGUGGAAGGAUGAAUGUGAUGUAAUCAUUCUCUAGAAGUUAUGAUGUUAUUAUCAGAUGGUAGUAAAACUGAAUUGCUAGUGUGUUUUGUUAACGCUGAUGGUUUUAACAUUACUUCAUAGCUACCUUUGAA